AUGGGGAAGCUAUCUGUAGUCCUAAUACUCUGCUUAGUGGUCAUGGCAAUGCCAACGGUUUAUGGAAUUUCUCAAGGGCCCAAAGCAGUUGAAGAGUGGUUCCAAAAGCUCAGUCACAAAACGGAAAAGUUGACAAAGCUUCACUUCUAUUUCCAUGACAUAGUAAGUGGCAAGAACCCAACUGCAAUGCGGGUGGCCCAGUCCAACAUCAUUGAUAAAUCGCCCACCUUUUUCGGUCUAGUUAUAAUGGCCGAUGACCCAUUGACCGCUGGGCCGGAGCCCACAUCGGAGAUCAUAGGUCGAGCCCAGGGACUCUAUGGUGCAGCAGCAUUGGAUGAGUUCAGUCUGCUUAUGACCAUGAACUUUCAUUUCACAAAUGGAAAGUACAACGGUAGCACUCUUGCGGUCCUAGGCCGAAACCCGGUAUUAAAUUUGUACAGGGAGAUGUCCAUUGUUGGUGGAUCUGGUGUUUUUCGACUGGCUCGUGGAAUUGCCACCGCAAAGACACAUUCGUUCAAUAUUACAUCGGGUGAUGCUAUUGUUGAGUAUAAUGUCAUAGUCCUUCAUUGUUAG